CUUGCCGACGGACUCCUCCGGCAUCCUAGAACUGGCACAGAGAUAAAGUCGCCUCAUUCAUUACCCAACCAUCGCCAGACACCAUGCAGUUCACGAGGCCGCAGCUUCUUCUCGCCGUUGUGAGCCUCCUCUUCCUAGGAGCGACAGCCUUCCUCAUGUAUGUCGCCGUGGCCAUCGGCGGCACGCUGAGUCGCACCAAGUGGACCGACCUGUUCUACGUCGUCGCCGCGUCGUCGUCGGGGUACUUUCUCGUCUAUGCGCUCGUGUGCACCAGCGUGGCGGUGCUCGCGUCGUGCUUUCGUCGGUUCCUGCCACCUACCAACAACUGGCUCAUGACGUUUGCCUGCAUGUUUGUGGUCUUCGCCAGCGUCCUUGCUGCUAUGGGGUACCGGUCUGCAGCCGCCUCGGACAAAUGGAGUGCGUCUUCAUUCCCCUUCAACGCCGAGGAAACCAUCGUUGCCGAUACCUUCCAUGACGCGUAUUGCCCCACUCGGUACAGGUGCGUUGCGUCUGUCGAGUCGGCCGUCAAUGUCACAGCGAAUGCAACCAUGUCCAUGUGCGCGACAAAACAACCGGCUCCUUCCAUCCACAUUGCCGUGUUUCAGUGGGUGGACACGUAUUGCAAUAUGGCCGCCGACACGGACGCCUAUUGCAAACUGCUUGGCCGAAGAAAUGCCUCAAACGAGUAUAGUGCCCCAUACCAGCGAUGUCGCCUGACGCUCUUUGUCGAGUGGAGUCGAUACGCCACCAACGUCGCAUAUGGCAGCACCGCGUUAGCGUUGAGCGCGUUGGUGUACAUUUUGGUCGUGUCAAGAUCUCAGCGACCAGCCGUCACCCGACCACCGAGGUCCAGAAAAGACAACACUGCAUACGUGGCCACGGUGGUCUAAUGUGCGAUGCAAUCUAACUAGUUUCGAUUGGCUUUGUGUGUACUAGUUCCUAGUGAAGGGGCCAAUGUCGUAAGAGUAUAUAUACUAACGUUACAGUA